AUGGUUUUUGACGGAGCUUCGAACGCACUUGGCAAUGGUAUUGGUGAUGUGACUGUCUCUCCCGAAGGUGGUCAUACGCCGUUCACUGCAAGACUAUGUUUUGAUUGCACCAACAAUAUGGCCGAAUAUGAAGCACGUAUCAUGGGUCUCAAAGCCGCAAUAGACUUGAGAAUCAAAAUUCUAGAAGUAUAUGGGGACUCAUCCCUAGUAAUCAGUCGGAUUAAAGGAGAGUGGGACACAAAGCAUCCCAAUCUCAUCCCUUACAAGGAGCAUGUGUUAACUUUGAUCCCUUAUUUUAAAGAAAUUACCUUUGAGCAUAUUCCACGAGAUGAAAACCAAUUGGCAGACGCAUUGGCUACGAUGUCAUUUAUGUUCAAAGUCAGGUGGGAUAAUGAAGCGCCCAUGAUUACCAUUGAAAGAUUGGAUGAGCCGGCACAUUGUUGUGAGAUUAUUACAGAGGAAGUAGACGAGAAACCCUGGUUCCACGAGGUAAAAAGAUACCUUGAAGCUCAGGAAUAUCCUGAAGGGGCAUCCAUCAAUGACGGGAAGUUCCUAAGAAGGUUCUCUGCCAAGUUUUUCCAAGUAACGGAAUCUUAUACAAACGUAAUCAUGACUCAACUUUGCUUCGUUGUGUAA